AUGUCUGGAGUCAUGCCUUUGAGCCUAGUAAACGGGAAGCCGACUGCUUGUUUUCCCGAUGAAAAUAAAUAUAAAUUAGCCGAACUUUUGGGCUCUGGUGCUUAUGGUCGUGUAUAUAAGGGGAAAGAUCCUGAUAACAAGACUGUUGCAAUUAAAGAAAUAAAAAUACCCUUAAACGACCAAGGAAUUCCAUUAAGUACGCUACGGGAACUAAGCGUACUGAAGAAAAUGCAAGCUGUAAACAGUCCCUUUUUAGUCACAAUGCUCGAUGUUACUUUGAACCGAAAAUGUGAGGAAACUGUCUUUUACAUCGUGUUUGAGUAUAUACACUGGGAUUUGGCUCAUUUUCUGGAAUCUGUUCCUAAAGCUCAAGGUCUUACGUUGAACAACAUCAGGGAACUCUCCGCUCAAUUACUCAAAGGAAUAGAUUGUCUGCACUCACAUCGAAUAAUUCAUCGUGAUCUAAAACCAGCCAAUAUUCUGAUCGACCAAGCGGGUAGGAACUUAAAGAUCACUGAUUUCGGUCUCUCACGAGUUCUUGGUUGGGACACUCCCCUAACUCCUGUUGUUGUAACUCUCUGGUAUCGAUCCCCAGAACUUCUUAUUCUCUCCGAGUAUUUAACUGCUUGCGAUAUUUGGGCUGCUGGAUGUAUAAUUGCUGAGCUCUUUAAUUUAGCUCCUCUCUUUAAUGCUAAAACUGAAAUGCUUGUUCUUCAGAAGAUCUUCAAUACCUUAGGUUUUCCUGAUGACUGCGAAUGGCCAGCUUUAUCGUACAUCAAAAGGGAGAGUUUUACUCGACUUGGUCGACACAACAUUUUACGCUCAAAGGUGAAAACUAACGACCAAGACGCUCUCGAUCUUAUUGAUAAAAUGCUCUCCUUCAACCCCAAGAAGAGAAUAUUGGCACGUGAUGCUCUCAAUUUGCCCUUCUUCAAAGUUACUCCUACUGCGGCAUGUCCUGAUUUCCGAAAAUUGGAUUCUUUAUUCUCACAACCAUCUUCAUCUCUGUCUAUUCCUGCAAAUUCCAGCCAACGCCAUAUGAGGAAUAGUCUAUUCGAACCUAGUAGGAAUUGCUCAGCUCGUCCAUACAUUAAUGCUCGACAUUCCCUGAGACCUGUGGUGCAACAUAGCGUCUCAACUCACGCUUCGAUCCCACCCUCUCGUGAAUUUCCAGAAAAUAUAGGUAUUAACUCAUGUGAUCCACCCAAAUCUUCCACGAGUGCCUUAUCUGUGGACGUUGAUUUCAAUCCCCCAUCGCAUCAUGUAAAUCGUAUCGUAGGUCGACGGUACACUCAACCUGUUAGGUCGAGGAUAUCUCAAUUACCUAAUCGUAAUAAACCAAUUAUUGAGGUUCCGAGCAAUGAGUCCUCUCCUGUGAAACCUGAAACUGAAAUAGCUCCCAUUCCUCCUCGACAGCCAUCCGUGGCAGCUGAGGACCUUUCAACGAGUGACGCUAUUCGUGCAAGACCCAAGAGAACAGCUCGACGUCGAACUGUGUUGGGUAUAGAACAGCCACAAACGAAGCUGCCUGUGAAUUUUCGUUCGAGAAGAACGAUGCUUCCGAUUCGUGGAGAGGAAUUUGUGAACAUUCCGCAAUGUUCAUCUCCUAGACGUAGCUCAUUGGUGUUAGCGGAUAAAUGCCCCUCUCCAAUUCCCCCAAAAACUACUAAAACUAUUGAAUAUGUUUGUUCCCCGGCGAAAAUGGUCAAAUUAUCUUCGGAAACAAAGGCCAGUUCCCCUGCUUGUUGGUCAAAAUGGAGGAGUCCAAUGGGCAUUAACACAUCUGAUUCUGCGGAGCAUCACGAGGAGGAAUCAUAUCUCGACGAGGAAUAUGCGGGUGAGGAAGAGACGACGGAGACUAGUCAUGAUACGAAAACUCCUGGUGAGGAGGAACAUGACGACCAGGAAGAUACGGAGAAUGCGAAUAUCUCCCAGGGGUUUUUGAGCAGUAUAAACUCUCUUUCUUCAUUGAGCGAGUCCCCGCACCCCUCUGAAAUGCUUAACUAUUUAAACAGACAUGAUAGUGAAGAUGGUGAAUAUUGA